UCACUUCGUGUUUAUCAACUUUGACCAAAUCAACUGACGACAACAUUGCACAACAGUUUCAUUCAUUCACGUUUUCACGUAGCUCUCAGAAAAUCAAUACCGAGAAAACAUGUGAUUUCUCCCUCUUGGUCGUGUGUGUGCAUUAUAUUUCCAUUCCAAUUAAUCUAAUUGCCACUAGUCGUGUUCAAUUUAUAUGUCGACACUCUACUCUAUAAAAAAGUUUGCUCUUCCUUGUGGCAAGAAAACGAAAGUACAAACGGUUUAAUGGCAGGCUGAAAAAGUUCUUUAAAUUAUACGACUAUUUGAUAUUUUUUUUACGGACUUACUAACAUAUUCAUCUCAAAGAUAUAGUAUUCACGAUGAGCCUAGUGUGCACAAUUUGUCGAGAUCUGUUAACAGAACGGCCUCAAGGACUGGAAGAUGCUGGCGAAUUAAUGAUCAUAGCACUUCAAUGCGGUCACAUUUUUCAUGAUUGUUGCAUCAAACAGUGGUUUCUUAAAAACGGGCAAAAUGACGCCCAGGGGGCAUGUCCAUGUUGCAAAACAGUUGUUGUAAUUUCGCAAGGGCUACGACUUUUUCCGUCUGGGGAUGAAGAAGGACAGGCAAUUGCGGAAAAGAUUAGCCAAGCCAAAGAACAAUUUGAACAGCUGAAGGAGUCACGUGGAGAAAUCGAUCAAUUAAAUAUGAUACUUGAGGAAAUGGGGUGUCAACUGGAAAAUGAAAAGUUAGAGCAUGAAGUUUUAAAAUUUGAACACGCACAAAAGCUUUCUGAAAUUGAUGAAUUACAAAGGCAAUUGGAGGAACAAGUGAAAAUCAACGAAUCCAAGGACAACAAUUGGAAGGGAAUUGUGGACAAGACCAUUGGGGAAAAAGAGGCUAUUCUUCAACAAAUAAUGGAAAAAGAGGCACUGGAACAACGGCUCAUUGGAGAUAGAAAACAACUAGAAGACUCGUACGCAAAGAAAAUAUUGGAUUUGGAGAAAAAGUUGGAAGUCGAGGCUUCCAAUAAAGAAAGCAUUAAAAUCAGAAUGAUGGAACAGACUCAUUUGAAUGAAAUAAAGCACUAUGAAAACCUUCUUAAAAGGGAACCAAUGGUUGAUAUGGCGUGCCAAACGGAUGGGAGGGAUGCUGCAUUGCUUCAAGCUCGACUAGUUUCGUACAAAUCAUGUCUGCUACACAUGCAAUCAGAAGUUCGGUUAUUAGAAUCCGAGUACGAAAAGCUUCAACAGCUUCAACCUAUUGAUGAUAGCUUUGGGAGUCUAAUGAACGAUGCACUGAAUAAGUCAAUUAUUCUGGGCAAUUCAUCCAGUAAUGAGAGUAGUCAUCAUGUCGACGACAAUGAUCUUAUAGUUAUCGAUAACAAAAUGAUAAUAUCCUCAUCUGGUGAUGGAGACUUUAACAUUCGAGACAUUGAAGACUCGUCGACAAUGGGCACAAAUGAACACGAAGAAUAUUCCGAUGCUCCUUUAUGGGCGAUUGAUGUCGAUUGAGUUGACCACGACGGGUAUUUCACAAAAAACAAAAUAAUUUUAGAAAAAUCGGUCUUUCGUUCGGAAAUACUUUAAUAACGCAACUAAUUACGUUUAACUUUAACCUCAUUAUUAUGAUGCGAGUCGCAGUUGGUUUAAUGUUGACAUCCCGUGUUUAAUUACUUUUACGUACUUGUGUGUAAUGACUUUUUGUGGUACUACUAUACUUAUAUAUUAUUAGGCCGUGAUAUAUUUCUUUGAUUUCAACUUGCAUAGUUAUAGGAUUUCUCUCAAUAAACGCACAUAAAACAGAUAGCCAUGGGUAAGUCUAUAAUAAAAUACUUUAAAAUGAUCA